UAUAAAGCUUUCGGGACCUGUUGCCGUCAGUACAUUCGCUUCGCGCGAGCCGUAACGUAGACAGUGGGUUUUCGCGCGAGCCGCUCCGACUCCGCGACUCUUCUCGACGCACGCCGCGGUACUCACCCCGGGUGAGUAACAAGUUACAGUCGCGAUCGGGGAAGGGCCAGGCCUCCAUCUUGGGACUACACGGGCGCGAGAGCGGCGGGAAAGACGGCGGGGACCAGGCAGAUGCAUCGCACGUGGAGGAGGACCCUCGUGGGCUUCUACGAGAUCGGACGCACGAUCGGCCGCCUGGCCAGUCUCUGAGAGUAAAUCUCUCGGGGAUCCUCCGACAUCCUCGAAAACCGCAGCUCCGCGGCUCGCGGACCACCACCCACCGGCCGAGCAGGGUGGAGAGUUCCAAAGGGCGAGGCGAUGAGCCGCGUACCACGUGGUGAUACGACACUGUGAUCAGCGAACUGUGAUAUACAUAUAUAUACACCUGUACCACAUUACACACUAUACCCGUACCGCACACACCUCAUCGGGGAAGAGGCAGAGCAACGACUACGCGCGCCAUGGCGGAGAAAAAUAGCGGCGCACAGGACCCAGAGAAGACGUCGCUGGUGGACUCGGCGCUGCUCCCGAAAAUCCAGCCGUCCGCGCUGCUCAAUGACGAGAGGACGAAUCUGGCCGCGAACGGCGGCGCGGCGAACGGCGAUCCUGAAAACGGUCGCGCGCCCAGGGGUAGCGCCGUCCGGCAAGUCCUGGCCGCCCUGGUUGCCCAGCUCGGCACCAUCAACACGGGCAUGGCGUUCGGAUUCUCCGCCAUCGCCCUGCCGCAGCUCCAGGAGCCAGACAGCAUCAUUCCCAUCAAGCAGGGCUCGACGGAGGAAUCGUGGAUCGCUAGCAUGUCUUCCAUCGGCACGCCGAUCGGCUGUUUGGUGUCCGGCUACAUGAUGGACAUGAUCGGCAGGAAGCGCUCGCUCAUCAUCACAGAGGUCCCGGCGCUACUCGGGUGGCUGCUAAUCACAUUCGCGACCGACAUACGCAUGAUAUACGCUGGCCGUUUCUUCGUCGGUCUAGGAUCGGGCAUGGUGGGCGCGCCAGCCCGCGUCUACACGAGCGAGGUGACGCAGCCGCACCUGCGGGGGAUGCUGACCGCGCUGGCGAGCGUCGGCGUCAGCACCGGGGUGCUGAUAGAAUAUGCCCUGGGAAGCAUGCUCACGUGGAACAUCUGCGCCGCCAUCAGCGGCAUCCUGCCGCUCACCGCGCUGCUGCUCAUGUUCUUCUUCCCGGAGACCCCGUCCUACCUCAUAUCGCGCAGCAAGCCGGACCUGGCGAAGCAGGCGCUGCACAAGUUCCGCGGCAGUACUUACAACGUGAAUCGGGAGAUGGAAACGCUGGUGGAGUUCUCCAACAAGAACAACAUCAAGCGGCUCACCGGCUUCCGGGAGAUCAUCCGCGCUCUGCUCAAGCCGAACGCGCUCAAGCCGUUCACCUUGCUGUUUCUGUACUUCCUGAUAUACCAGUGGUCAGGCACCAACGUCAUCACUUUCUACGCCGUCGAGAUCUUCAAGGACUCGGGAGCGAGCAUGAACAAGUACUUAGCGGCCGUCAUACUGGGAAUAGUCAGGCUGACCUCCACGAUCAUCGCCUGCGUUCUGUGCAGACGAUGCGGCAGGAGGCCGCUCACGAUGGUGUCCUCCGUCGGAUGCGGGCUUUCCAUGUUAGGAUUAGGCGGGUACAUGUGGCUCAAGAAUUACUGGGUCAUGAACGACCUACCGCUCGUCGCCACGUGGAUCCCGGUCAUGUGUAUAUUCUCGUACACCAUCACCUGCACCCUCGGCUUUCUGGUAAUCCCGUGGGUGAUGAUAGGCGAGGUCUAUCCCGUGCAAGUGCGCGGCAUCGUCGGCGGUCUCACCACCAUGUGCGCGCACACGUUUGUCUUCAUGGUCGUUAAAACCUAUCCCUUUCUGGCCAGCGUGCUCACCCGACACGGCACGUUCAUCCUCUACGGUUGUAUAUCCUUGUUCGGCACGAUAUACUUCUACAUAUGCCUGCCGGAGACCAAAGGUAGAACGUUACAAGAGAUCGAGGAUUACUUCUCUGGUAGGAGCAACGCUCUGACCACCGGCAGAUUGAAUAACAAGCCAAAGGUUUUAGAAAUUAAAAAGGGUCAGAUGUUACCGUGAAAUAGAGGACCAUUCUUAAUCGUAUAACUUUUGCAAUGUCGCUUACUUUUAAAAGAAUCUACUUUAGCUGGGAGAAAGAGAGAUGGGAGAGCAUUUGCUUGUAGCGGCUAAGAACGUUCUUUUAUAAUGAAAUGGGCACGUACUCUAAAACUAUGACGUUUGCUUUGUGACAAAUAUAUUAUAUCGUAGAAAAUAAGAUGAAAUAUUUUUAGACGGGAUGAGUUAUAAAAGAUGUGUACACGUUGUAAUUUUAAAAUGUCAACAAAACGAGUUUCCUUAGAGAGAAAGUGUUGUAAUAUUACAUUAUUGUUAUUUAUAAAAUGCUGCUACAUUAUUUUACAGCAUAUUUGUUCACAAAGCAUGAAAAUGAUUAAUUACGUGCGAUUAGCAGACACUAACUUUUCUCAUAUCCUCAAUCACGCGUGAGAGACCAUUUUAACCAAGUAUAAUAGCAAGAGUAUAGAAAAUUUUAAUCCUCCGGAUUUUACUCACGAGGAAAAGCCAGUUAUAAAAGACCAAUUGUGUCUUGAUGAUUCAAUGAGGUACGCGCGAAUAAAAAGAUGGUGCUAUUUAUUAAAUCGUAGUAUUAAACUGUACUGUAAUGUGUGCUGCGUGUAAGGACAGCGUUAAUGGGAGUCGUGAGCCUAAGACAAAUACAUUGUAGAGAACGUCCAGUAGGAACUAUUUUAUAAAUUCACGAAGAUGCCUUGCACGUCGCCAACCAAUAUCUUACAGAACCGGACAGACAAUUUCCAACCGUAUAUUUAUUACAAAGCGCCGUAGAUCAAGUGUCAUCUGUUAUUACCAUGUGCAAUCUAAAAAUCUAUAUCUACAAUGAAUGAAGGUAAACUUUCAUCUGUAUACCUAAAACAAAUGCCUUAAUAUAAUUGUUACAUAUGUACAUAAGAGAGUUUUGAUGAAUGAAUGACUAUAUAAGUAACAUAUUUUUUAUAAGAAAAUAAAUCUAUUGCUCAUUUAA